AUGGAUUCCAUUGUCUUGGACGUGACGUUAUACGCUGUUAAAGCCAUUUUGAUCUUAGACAACGAUGGAGAGAGAAUUAUUGCCAAGUACUACGAUAAUACAUUCACUCAUCUGAAAGAACAGAAACAGUUUGAGAAAAAACUCUACGAUAAAACACCACGUAGUAGUGCUGAUAUCAUCAUGUUAGACUCCAUGACUGCUGUAUUUAGAAGUAACGUCGAUUUAAAUUUUUACGUUAUUGGAUCGUCUAAUGAAAACGAGGUGAUGUUGAAUUGCGUCUUAAACGGAUUCUAUGACGCUAUUAGUACAAUGUUAAGAAAGAAUGUAGAGAAAAAAUAUCUCAUGGAUAAUCUUGAUGGUGUUUUCUUAGCUCUUGAUGAAGUCGUAGACGGCGGGAUUAUUCUUGAAACGGAUUCUACAAACAUUAUUUCAAAAGUUGCAAUAAAAUCAAAUCCUUUAAUUCAAAAUGACGACUUACCAUUAAGUGAACAAACUGUGGUACAGGUCUUACAGUCUGCUAAAGACCAACUGAAGAGAUCUCUAUUAAACUAAUCGUUGUGAGAUGUAUCGACAAAUAACAUGAAUAAAUGCAUUGGCGUUAGUUUCUCGUGCAUUCGAUAUGAAAAAUUUAUUCUAUCAUGGUACUAUGUCAUCAAACAGGGUAAUUUAUGGCGGAUUAUUCUAACAUCCUAACUGGAAUGUAAAGAUUGCAUUUCUAGGAUCAAAAUGUCUUUGUUUAUUAUGG